GACCAGGCUCUGCCAGCGUCCGGGGAUGAGGGGUGUCAGGGCGCUGCGGCCGCAGAGCUGGUUUCUGGACUGCGGAGGAAAUGGGGGCGUGUGUGCACGCCCAUGGGGGUGUGUGCAUGUGUGGGAUUGUACAUGCGUGUAGGUGCACUGUCUUGUGUGUGUGUGUGUGUGUGUGUGUGUGUGUGCGCGCGCGCGCACGUGUGCGAUUUCAGAGCCUCCGUGGCCGCGGGACUCCAGGCUGGCCUGGCUCGAGCGAGCUGCAAGUCCAGAACUGGCCCCAUCAACGGGUUUGCCUUCUGGGCUAGAAAGCUGGGUAUGUGUGCCCGAGGGAUCCUUCCUGGAGGUGUGCACGGGGUGUGAGUGCCAUUGUGUGUAUGAGACAGGCUGGGAGGCAAGUGCCUGAGGCCCAAGUGUGUGUGUAUGGGGGGGGGGAGGGGUCUUUCACCCCAACGUGGGCCUCUGGCCUCAGGUAUAGAAUGAGCGUGUGUCCCUGCAUGGGUGUGUAUCACCCCGCGUGUGACUGGAGUUGCUGGUGGAGACGUACCGGCAUUCUCCACCCCUCAGGACGCUGGCGCCCCCUUCUGGGCGCUCUGCUCUGUGUGUUCGAAUGUGGCCUGCCUGUGAGUGAGCUCACAGUUCGACUGUGUAGUAUGGGGCCUGGGUCCGGAGCUCGGGCUGGGGAGGAAGAUGGUCUGCGGAAGGGCUGAACCCGGACCCCUGGGGCCUUCACGGAGGAGGUGGCUUGGGAGCGCGUGGUUCCCAGGCUCAGGCUUCCCGCUGACGCCUCUGGGGCGGCAGCGGGCUCCCCCCACCCCCACCCCGCCCCAGGAAUGUUCUACACUCUAGCUCGCCUCCCCAAGGGCAGGCCCCUGGGGGUUGCCACAGCCCCGCCUCCCCUCCCGGGAGCCCGGGAGGGGGCGAUGCGGGCAGGACGCCUGGGUUCCUCCCUCCCUCCCAUCCCAGGGAGAAAUUCCUCCGAGGUCCCCUCAGGCUCUGGGUUCCCAAAAUAACCCUGCGGGGGAAGGGAGGCUGUGGAGGGAGGGAAGCGGGAGGGGCGUAGAGCCGAGCUGCGGGGUGCUGCAGGUGCCUCCGGGGAGAGGACGCGAGAAGAGGGCCUACGAGGGGUUGGGGCACAAACCAGUUCCCGGAGUGUCCUGGCUCGUCCCCAUCCCCGGGGAGCCCCUCGGCCUUCCCGCGACUCCAAGGGGGUCCGGUCGGAGCCCCUUGGGAGGCUUCGGAGUGCAGCUUGGCCCAGCCUCCCCGCGCCGGCGGCCAUGGCGGGCACCCUAGACCUGGACAAGGGCUGCACGGUGGAGGAGCUGCUCCGCGGCUGCAUCGAAGCCUUCGAUGACUCCGGGAAGGUGCGAGACCCGCAGCUGGUGCGCAUGUUCCUCAUGAUGCACCCUUGGUACAUCCCUUCUUCGCAGCUGGCGGCAAAACUGCUCCACAUCUACCAACAAUCCCGGAAGGACAACUCCAAUUCGCUGCAGGUGAAAACAUGCCACCUGGUCAGGUACUGGAUCUCGGCAUUCCCAGCAGAGUUUGACUUGAACCCUGAGCUCGCUGAGCAGAUCAAGGAGCUGAAGGCUCUGUUAGACCAAGAAGGGAACCGGCGGCACAGCAGCCUCAUUGACAUCGAGAGUGUCCCCACCUACAAGUGGAAGCGGCAGGUGACCCAGCGGAACCCCGUAGGACAGAAAAAGCGAAAGAUGUCCCUGUUGUUCGACCACCUGGAGCCCAUGGAGCUGGCGGAACAUCUCACCUACUUGGAGUAUCGCUCCUUCUGCAAGAUCCUGUUCCAGGACUAUCACAGUUUUGUGACUCACGGCUGCACCGUGGACAACCCCGUCCUGGAGCGAUUCAUCUCCCUCUUCAACAGUGUGUCGCAGUGGGUGCAACUCAUGAUCCUCAGCAAGCCCACAGCCCCUCAGCGGGCCCUGGUCAUCACACACUUCGUCCACGUGGCAGAGAAGCUCCUGCAGCUGCAGAACUUCAACACGCUAAUGGCAGUGGUCGGAGGCCUGAGCCACAGUUCCAUCUCGCGCCUCAAGGAGACCCACAGUCAUGUUAGCCCCGAGACGGUCAAGCUCUGGGAAGGUCUCACAGAACUGGUGACAGCCACAGGGAACUAUGGCAACUAUCGACGCCGGCUGGCAGCCUGCGUGGGCUUCCGCUUUCCCAUCCUGGGCGUGCACCUCAAGGACCUGGUGGCCCUGCAGCUGGCACUGCCUGACUGGCUGGACCCCGCCCGGACCCGACUUAAUGGGGCCAAGAUGAAACAGCUCUUCAGCAUCCUGGAGGAGCUGGCCAUGGUGACCAGCCUUCGGCCACCAGUGCAGGCCAACCCAGAUCUGCUGAGCCUACUCACGGUAUCUCUGGAUCAGUAUCAGACGGAGGAUGAACUCUACCAGCUGUCCCUGCAGCGGGAGCCGCGCUCGAAGUCCUCGCCAACCAGCCCCACAAGCUGCACCCCACCUCCCCGGCCCCCAGUGCUGGAUGAGUGGACCUCAGCCGCCAAACCCAGGCUGGAUCAAGCACUCCUAGUGGAACACAUCGAGAAGAUGGUGGAGUCUGUGUUCCGGAACUUUGACGUCGAUGGGGACGGCCACAUCUCACAGGAAGAGUUCCAGAUCAUCCGUGGGAACUUCCCUUACCUCAGCGCCUUUGGGGACCUCGACCAGAACCAGGAUGGCUGCAUCAGCAGGGAGGAAAUGGUGUCCUACUUCCUGCGCUCCAGCUCGGUGCUGGGCGGCCGCAUGGGCUUCGUGCACAACUUCCACGAGAGCAACUCCUUGCGCCCCGUUGCCUGCCGCCACUGCAAGGCCCUGAUCCUGGGCAUCUACAAGCAGGGCCUCAAAUGCCGAGCCUGCGGUGUGAACUGCCACAAGCAAUGUAGAGACCGUCUGUCCGUUGAGUGCCGGCGCCGGGCCCAGAGCGUGAGUCUGGAGGGGCCUGCGUCCUCGCCCUCGCCCACACACACCCAUCACCGAGCCUUCAGCUUCUCCCUGCCCCGCCCAGGUAGGCGAGGCUCCCGGCCUCCAGAGAUCAGAGAGGAGGAGGUGCAGGCCGUGGAGGAUGGCGUGUUUGACAUCCACUUGUAAUUGAUGCUGUGACUGGAUCAAACACUCAGGCCUGCCUUGGAGGAAAGACUUGGACCACAGCAGGAAGCCUGGGGUGCUGGGGCGGCAGGCUGGGGCUGGGGGGUGGGGUGGGGGGUGAGGGUGGCAUGCAGCUGAGGGUUGGGCCGGGGCUGGCGUCCC